AUGGCUCUAUUGAGAGUCUUGGCUGUCUAUGUUGAUGAUAUACUGCUUGCUGAGGAUGAUGUAGCUGAGCUUGACAGUCUGAAAUCCUUCUUGGAUUCUCAGUUCAAGAUCAAAGAUCUGGGAUCUGUCCAUUAUUUUUUGGGCUUGGAGGUUACCAAGAAUAGUCAGCAGAAAUUUGCUUCUGAUCUCUUGGAUGAAUUCAACUGCAUGCAUUUCACUCCAUUAGUGACUCCCCUUGAGUCAUCUGUCAAGUUAACUUCUGACAUGGGCCAACCACUUACUGAUCCUAGUCUUUAUAGAAGACUUGUGGGGAAACUCAAUAUUUUACAGCAUACCAGACCUGAUAUUGCAUUUUCUGUCCAACAUUUGAGCCAAUUCCUUCAGGCUCCUCAGGUUCCCCACAUGCUGGUUGCCAUGCAUGUUCUCAGGUACUUGAUGAAUGCACCUGGGCAAGACAUUCUCCUUUCAAAGUCUCCUGACACUUCUCUUGUAGCAUAUUCUGACUCUGAUUGGGCUGCCUGUACUCAGUCUCGCAAUUCUAUCACUGGUUUCUUUAUUAGCUUUGGUGGUUGUCCUAUUUCUUGCAAAUGCAAGAAGCAGCCUACAAUUUCUCUUUCCUCUGCUGAAGCUGAAUACAGAGCUCUGAGCAAAAUUGUGGCUGAAAUCUCCCGGCUGGUUCGAUUAUUUACUGAUCUUGGUCUGAUUUUUCACUCUCUUGUUCAGGUGUUCAGCCAGGCUGCACUUCAUAUUGCCAAAAAUCCUGUUUUUCACGAGUGGACUAAGCAUAUUGACAUUGACUGCCACUUUAUUCAUGAUUGCUUACAGUCUGGCUUGAUCUCACUUCACUACAUUUCUAUUGCUGACCAGCAUGCUACAUUUGAACCAAGUCUCUUGCAGGGCAUAUUCACCAUCACCUGCUUGGCAAGCUUGGAGUGGCUUCCCCCUCCAGCUUGGGGGGGAGGGGGGGUGUUGGGCUGUCUAAAGUCUCAGACAAGAGCCCAAUAG